UCAAAACACACCAGUCUCAGAGAAUCUGCUCAAAGUCUGUUCUGCAACAUCCUCCAACUGUAACAUCAUGGCUAACGCUUACCUGCAAGGUGUUGAGAUCUCCGCAACACAGUUUCUGGAUAUCUGGCGCCAUUAUGAUAAUGAUGGUAAUGGAUAUAUUGAAGGGAAGGAGCUGCAAAAUUUUAUCAAGGAGCUUCAAGAAGCUCGAAGAGAAGCUGGAUUAGAAUUAACAGAGGCAAUGAAGGCUUUUGUGGAGACGUAUGGACAGAAUACAGAUGCCAAGAUAGGUAUGGUUGAGCUUGUACAGAUCUUACCCACAGAUGAGAACUUCUUGUUGUUCUUUCGGCAACAGCUAAAGUCGUGUGCAGAAUUCAUGCAGGCCUGGCGAAGAUAUGAUGCUGAUCAUAGUGGCUACAUCGAGGCAGAUGAACUGAAGAGUUUUCUGAGAGAUCUACUACAGAAGGCCAAAAAAUCAUAUGAUGACAAGAAAUUAGAAGAGUAUACAGAAACAACGCUGAAAAUGUUUGAUUCCAACAAUGAUGGGAAGCUUUGCUUGGCAGAAAUGGCAAGAUUACUACCUGACCAGGAAAACUUUUUACUCAAAUUUCAGAAUGUGAAAAUGCCAGCCAAAGAGUUCAAUACAAUUUUUGAAUUAUAUGACCAGGAUGGUAAUGGAUACAUGGAUGAGAAUGAACUGGAUGCCUUACUUAAAGACCUUUGUGAAAAGAACCAAAAGGUAUUAGACAUCAACAACAUUGCAACGUACAAGAACGCCAUCAUGGCUUUAUCUGAUGGAGGGAAGCUCUACAGAACGGAGCUGGCGCUUGUCCUUUGCGCUGAUGAAAACUGAGAAACAAUCUUCUGAAAUCUCCGCUCACUAGUGAUCUGUGUAAAGAUAGCUGUGUAAGGGUGUAGGGUGUGUUAUUUAUUUAUUUAUUUAUUUAUUUAUUGCUGGUCUGUAAGUUUAACUGACAGCGUAUAGAUACAUCACUGGGAUCUGUGGCAUAUACUUUUCAAUCUGUUGUUUCUAUACUGUUUGUAAUGUACAGCUUUUGUAAUUAUGAGAUGAAUACAAUAAUAAAGGAUAUAUGCCUUCACUA